AUGGCGACCAGAGCGCUAUCCUUCUCCUCGCUCGCCUCCACGGUCUUCGCCUCCCUGCCGCGGCCCUCACCUUCGCCUCCCCUCCUCCUCCUUCUUGGUCCUCGCCCCCGCGCCUCCUCUCUCUCCACCGCCGCUGCCGCUGCUCCCGACGACGAGGACGGCGUCGACACCGUGGAGCAGCUCCUGCACCCGCGCCCGCGCCCACCCGCCGCCUCCUCCGGCUCCCGCGGCCGGAUCGACCGCCUCAUGAAGCUGCAGCGCCGCGCCGGCGGCGACGCCGUGCCCGGGGCGGCGGGGCCCGGGGUCCGGAGGAGGUGGUUCCCGUACCUGGAUGCGUUCCGGCCCGCGGCGGCCGGGGGCGCGGAGCUGUGCAGCGGGGAGGUCAUCGAGGUGCUGGAGCCGCGCAUCCUCGAGGCGCGGCGGGACCGGAUUCGACGAGCCGUUGGCAACCGGAGCUACGCCGUUUGCCUUGUGGUGGAAGGCCUCUCCGACUUCGGCAACGUCUCGGCCGCGUUCCGCUCCGCCGAUGCGCUCGGCGUGCAGUCCGUGCACGUCAUAUCCUGUGAUGCAGCAAAAGGUGCAGAGGUGAAGAGUGAACCUAAAUUGCUGUAUAACACUGAGUAG